AUGUCCGCCUACAAAGGCCAGCGAGGGCCCAACGUGUCCCAGUACAUCGCGAACCUCAACCAGCUGUCGCCACAGCAGGAUCUGCUUGCCGAUCCAGCACCCACCGAGGACUUCUCCGACUUCCUGAACGGAGAGUUCUUCGACGUGGACAACGCCCGUAACGCCAGUGUCGACUUCGCUUCUGCCAGUGCUUUUGGCCUUGAUUUUGAUACCGAGCAAACACAGCCGCUGAAGACCGACGGAGAGUUUCCGCGCAACCCGGGCACCAGCGCCGACGCGAACAUGGACUUUAAUUUAAACGGCGACUUCCCAUUCACCGACUUCAACAACUUCGGUACAACACCAGCGUUUGACCCUUCCAUGCCCCUGGCGCACUCUCAGCCUACCCACUACCCGCUCGCACCCAACUACGCCUCACCUGCCUCCUCGUUAUCUCCUGUUGCCCAAGGCUUUGAUCAGUCUUCGAAGAAGCGCAAGCUCGACAAUGUCGCUCCCGUCAUGCCACAGUCUCUGGACGAGAACGCCCGCGUAGCCGCAGAAGAGGAUAAGCGUCGCCGUAACACAGCCGCAAGCGCCCGCUUCCGCAUCAAAAAGAAGCAGCGUGAGCAAGCUCUCGAGCAGUCCCAAAAGGAAGCGCAGGAGAAGGUCGCCAAACUAGAAGCUACCAUCCAGCAACUGCAGACGGAGAACGCAUGGCUCAAGGGACUCAUCACCGAGAAGAACGGCGGCAAGAGCACUACAGACGAGCUCAAGGCACUCAUCAACAAGCGCGAGCAAGCCACAGGUGGACGGAGUAGCGGUACGCACACAGAUGGCGUAGGCACCUUGAUUGAGAGCCAAAAGGCGGAUGCCUAA